AUGUACAGUUUAUACUCAGAGUCAUUAGAAGGCAAUUCUGUUACGGGUGACAUAAAUUAUUCACGAACUCGCAACUCUGAUACAUUUUACGAGUAUAACGUGGAUUACUCGAGCGCAGGCAAGACGCAGAAGUACGUGUGCCCGAAGCCUGGUCAAGCCCCGGUGAUCCUGUUUCCGAUCCUGUGCCAGAAAAAUUCUCAAUGUCGCGCCACCGGCGGGCCAGAUCAAGUGUGCUGUGAGGGACGAUGUGUUAAAGGUGUUCCAGCGCCGCGGCCAACCUCACCGCCAAUACCACAUCAACCAUUAUUAGGUGUUAUUCCACGAGAAUGCCCGGCAACCCCACUGGGUGAACUACUAUUCGAAGUCCAGACUUGCAAGACUGACGCGGAUUGCUGGCCGCGGAUUUGCUGUCCCGAUGGCGUUCGGUCGUACUGCCGCACUGCACGUGCAAGACUAGAUCUAGUACCGGUUGCAAAUAGGAUCGAAGCACCGGUGCGGAUGUUAGAACAGUAUCUACAGUGCACGUCACCUCCUGAAUACGACCUGUUUCCUCAAAAGUGCAGCUCUACUGUAGACUGCUUCCCUAACCUAUGUUGUGCUGAAGGUGGCAAGAAGCACUGUAGACCCCCACAGCGUAGUCUUUUAGCGCUUCUUGCUGGAGUCGGCCAGAGAGUAGGAUCCACACUGGUCAAUUUCCGACAAGCGCAAGCUAAUUCAUAA